GCAGGAUGGUUGUUAAGUAUGGUCAAGUAGUAUUAGGUCCACCUGGUUGUGGUAAAACUACUUACUGUCAAGCCAUGGCAUCGUUGCUUCGCAGUGUUGGACGCAAAGUGGCCAUAAUAAAUCUUGAUCCUGGAAAUGAUUCUCUCCCAUAUGAAGCAGCAAUAGAUGUGAGUGAGCUGGUCCAGGUAGAAGAGGUGAUGUCCACUCAGGAUCUUGGACCAAAUGGUGCCCUUAUCUACUGCAUGGAGUUCAUAGAAGCAAACCUCAGCUGGCUUGUAGAAAAGAUUCAGGCACUUCAUGGACAUUAUCUCCUAUUUGAUUUUCCCGGACAGGCAGAAUUAUAUGCACACCACUCAAUGGUUCGUAAUAUUUUAUUGGCACUGGACAAAAGUGAUAUCCGACUGUGUGCAGCUUACCUUGUGGAUUCUCACUAUGCUAAUGAUCCAGGAAAAUAUAUAUCUGCAGUUCUGCUGACACUAAACAGCAUGUUAGUGAUGGAACUGCCUACUGUUAACAUACUCUCAAAGAUUGAUGCAGUGGAGAAAUAUGGCAGUCUUGACAUGGGUCUCGAAUUUUAUACGGAUGUAAUGGACCUGGACUACCUGUUAGAGUUUUUUAAUGACUCUCCUAUUAUGAAAAAGUAUUUCAAGUUGAAUAAAGCUCUAGCAGAUGUGAUCAGUGAUUAUUCACUUGUAUCCUUCAUUCCCAUAAGUGUUGAGAACCAAUCUACGCUUCUUAAUGUCAUGAAGGCUGUGGACAAAGCAAAUGGUUAUUCUUAUGGAACUGGAGAAGAAAUGAAUAUUCAGCAGUUAUUAUCUUGUGCAGUAGGAGCAGAGUGGGAACACGAUCGCAUUGGUUCUGCCCGAGAGGAGUUCAUGAAGGACACUGAUAAGUUUGAUGAGGAUGAUGAUGAAAUUCUGAAGAUGAUUGCACAACAGAAUAAGAAUAGGCUAUGAAUUAUUAAAUGAUAAAGUAGGGAUAAUAGUUUUUUCAAAUGAAAACUAAAAUAAUGUGAAAUUUGUAUAGAUUUUCAAGCCUUUUGGUCAUUAACUCUCUAAUAAAAUUAGUGUACUCAUACGUUUGUUUUCAAUAAUAAAUACUAUUUCUUUUCA